AUGGAUAAUGAAACGGGAGCUUCUUUGAUUAACAUUGAUGAGAAUACUAGAUUUAGUGAGUUGGGCCAACCUAGUUCUACUCCUUUUAUUGAGAGUGUUACUGCUGUUACUCAGGGUCAACCAAUACCAAAUUCAUAUGUCGAGAGUGUUCCUCGUUUUUAUUGUUCUCCUGUUGCUUCUUCAAGUCAACAUACUGACACCGAUGAUGAUUUUACUGCUACUGCUACUCAUACUCUAAUAACUUACAAUGGCAUUAACCCUUUUAAAACCUUUGAUAACAAGAGGUAUGUUCUUCAUUGUAUUGAUGAAAAAUGUAGUUGGAGGCUACGUGCAACUAAGGUUAAAGCAUCAGAUAGCUUUGUUGUUCAAAAGUAUAUUAGUCAGCACAGUUGUGACUCUGCUUUAAGGAAUGAUAAUCAUCGCCAAGCAUCUGCAAGGACUUUGGCUGGUUUGGUUAGUAACCAUUUUGUAGGAGGAAAGCUUCCUCUCAGACCUAAACAGCUCAUGGAAAUUUUUAGGAAUGACCAUGGAGUUGGUGUCUCGUACUCAAAAGCAUGGAGAGCUCAAGAACAUGUAUCAGAACUGGCUAGGGGUUUACCUGCUGAUAGUUAUGAGGUUUUACCGAAUUGGUUCCAAAUGAUAGAAAAGAAGAAUCCAGGUACUAUCACUUACAUCAAAGCUGAUUUUGAUAAUAAGUUUAGAUACGCUUUUCUGGCUUUUGGUGCAUCAAUUAGAGGUUUUAAGUUUAUGAGAAAAGUUAUUUCUAUUGAUGGCGUCCAUUUGAAAUCAAAAUUUAAAGGGACUUUGCUUGCUGCAUCAGCUCAUGAUGGUAAUUUUCAGUUAUAUCCUAUUGCUUUUGCCGUUGUUGAUUCUGAGAAUGAUGCAUCAUGGGAUUGGUUUUUGCGGUAUUUGAAGACUAUUAUUCAUGAUGAAAAUGAUCUAGUUUUCGUGUCUGAUCGGGCUUCUUCAAUUGCAACUGCGCUUUCAGUAAAUUAUGAACUUGCUCAUCAUGGGAUUUGCACUUUCCACUUGCAAAAGAACCUGGAAACACGAUUUAGAGCUUCUCCUUCUCUUCUUCCAGUUGUUCAUGAUGCUUCAAGAGCUUACACUCUAUAUGAUUUUGAUUAUUUGUUAAGUCAAAUUUCCAAUGGUAAUCCAGAACUUGGAGAAUAUCUUUGGCAAGCUGAUAUUAGGAAAUGGUCUCGUGCAUAUUCUCCUUCUAACCGGUACAAAAUCAUGACAUCUAAUUGUGCCGAGUCCAUUAACUCCUUGUUAAAAGAGACUCGCGAGUAUCCAAUUGUCUGCCUGUUUGAGACAAUCAGGUCUAUUUUGACUAGGUGGUUUAAUGAACGACGUGAGGAGAGCUAUCGACAUCCAUAUGCUGUGACUCCAAAUGUUGGGAAUAAGAUGAAAGCAUCUUAUAAUAAUACUACCCGCUGGCUUGAAGUUUGUCAAGUAAAUGAAAAUGUCUUUGAGGUUAAAGCAUGUUUAAAGACGUAUGUGGUGAAUUUAGACACAAGGAAAUGCACAUGUUGUAUGUUUGAUAUUGACAAAUUCCCUUUUGCACAUGGAAUUGCUGCUGCCAAACAUGUCAAUCUCAAUGAAAACAUGUUUGUUGAUGAUUAUCAUUUCACUGAAAGAUGGCGUUUAGGAUAUUCAGAGAGCAUUCACCCAGUAGGUGAUAUGGAGUAUUGGGAGAUUCCAAAGAGUGUUAGUACUUCUAUUCGGCCACCUUCUACUCGUAUACCUAGUGGCAGGCGAAAGAAAAAGAGAAUAGUUAGUUCAUGGGAGCAUGGAAAGGCUAAGACAAAUUCAAAACAAUACAAAUGCAGUAGGUGUGGAAGAGAUGCUAUAUACCUAAGAGUGUUGAAGUCCACAUAUUGGCAUCCUAUUCCGAUUAUUUGGCUUUUCAAGGCAAUAGUGGAGAAGUUGAUUGAACCAGAGCUUGAUGAUGAGGACGAGGUCGAUAAAAAUCUUGCCAACCUCUACAAAACUGAUAGGACAGGGUUUGAAGAGACGGCAAGAGAGAUGACAAACCAAUACGCUGGGAGAGCAAACUGA